AUUAAGUAAAACCACAGAGAAAGGACAUAUUUUACAUGAUAUUUACCCGUAAUUCAUUUUUAAAUACUGAUUAAUGUUAAAGAUUUACAGAUUUUCGCAGCGAUUAAUUAUAUGGCUGUGAAGUUGGUUUGUUUUAUUUUAUAAAGCUAUUUAAUGAUCCUUCAGUGGUGACCACCACAAUGGCAUUAGUCAACAUUCGUACCUGUGUCCGGUAUGGUAUACGCGUGGGGCUACGAGCAUUUGCCACAAAGCCUGUCAGCACAACCAGAAACCAGCAAGAUGACAUAGCCGUGUUUCAGUAUGUGGGUCAGCACAGGAAGCCCAAAGAAAAGGUGUUUGUAUGGGGCUUCAGCUACACCGGAGCUUUAGGAAUCCCCAGCUUUGUGGUGCCUGACAGUGGCAGGAAAAAGCCAAGGAAAUACCAGCUCACACCUUAUCGCCUGGAUACUGAACAGAAGAUUACCUCAGCAGCCUGUGGAUAUGGCUUCACGUUGCUGGCAUCUAAUAGCAAAGACCUGACCAAACUGUGGGGCAUGGGCCUGAACAAAGAUUCCCAGCUGGGCUUUCAGCGCACUCAGAAAGACAGACAUAAAAGUUAUGACUACGUUCUGGAACCUUCUCCAGUGUCUCUCCCAUUGGCCAAGCCUCAAGAGACACGAGUGAUGCAGGUGUCUUGCGGCCGUGCUCACUCACUGGUGCUCACAGAUUCUGAGGGAGUUUUCAGUAUGGGUAAUAAUGCUUAUGGACAGUGUGGCAGGACGAUUGUGGAGGAUGAGGUUUACAGUGGAAGCCAUGUUGUUCACAAAAUUGAGGGUUUUGACAGCCGCGUUAUCCAGGUGGCUUGUGGACAGGAUCACAGUGUGUUUCUAACAGAAAAAGGCUCAGUUUAUGCCUGUGGGUGGGGGGCAGAUGGACAAACAGGUCUGGGCCAUCACAACAAAGCCUCCUGUCCGCUGCCUGUUGGAGGAGACCUUGCUGGGGUCAAAGUUCGGCAGGUGGCCACAUAUGGAGACUGUAGUUUGGCUGUGUCCAAUGAUGGGCAGCUGUACGGUUGGGGGAACUCUGAGUAUCUACAGCUGGCUUCUGUCACAGAGUCGACCCAGAUCAGCUCGCCACGGCUGCUGCCCCUGAAGGCUGUGGGUCGAAUCAGACAGGCGGCAUGUGGAGGAACACAGGUGGCUGUUUUGAACGAGGAAGGUGAGGUGUUUGUUUGGGGUUUCGGAAUUCUGGGAAAAGGACCAAAUCUUUCCGAGUCCGCUGUCCCAGAACAAGUGCCGGCCACGUUGUUUGGGAGGACAGAAUUUAACCCUACAGUAAAGGUCUCAUCCAUCCGUUGUGGGCUUAAUCACUUUGCGGCCAUUACAGAGCGUGGUGAGCUGUUUGUUUGGGGGAAGAAUGUGAGAGGGUGUCUUGGCAUCGGAAAACAUGAUGACCAGUAUUUUCCAUGGCGGGUGACGGUCCCGGGCCACGUGACGGAUGUCGCCUGUGGUGUUGACCACAUGGUUGCACUGGUUAAAUCGAUCGUAUGAGUAACCAGUCAUCUCUUGCACAUCUCAGUGACUUGUCAGCAUGCCAGAUUUUCUGUUUCUUCAGAACGCCUGGACAUCUGGGUUCUCAGAAAAGAGUCUUGAUUUGUCACACUGCAACAAGCGAGCUGAGUGUGUUUAAGGUAACAUGGAAAUUGGACACCUUGGCUCUUUACAGUCCUCAGAAAUAUACUUCAUACAGAGAACAGGAAAUUCUCUGAAGUAUUUUUAAUGAAUGUCCAUCUACGGUAACCAAUAAAGAUGUUAUCAGCUGAA